AUGUUUGUGGCCUUUAGAAACAUUGCAAAGCAUAUUGCACCAAGAUACUCAACUAACUUUGUGAAAUGCAGAAAAUUUACACAUCAAAUUACACAAGACACUAGUACCAAUGUAAAUAACAAAUUACAGGCAUUUGGACUGCAAUUUGGAGAAAAGGUAUUCAGUGAUUUAACUAAAAUUUCAACUUUGGAGCCCCGAAAAUUCAGGGAAUUUAUAGAAUCCCUAACCAACACCCGUGUCAACGAUUUACUAGUAUGGUCUAAGUGUUCGGAUUAUUGCAUUAAAAAUGCACACAAAUUUAAAUAUUUUGACAUGACAAUAAUAUUGGAUUGCUUUAAUCAGAUGGGCAUAAAUGACUCAACAAUGCUAGUAACUUUCGCCCCCCUGUUGAUCAAGCACAGCCCAUUGAUGGACCCUAGACACUAUGUCACGAUAAUGACGGCAUAUCAUUCAGCUAAUAAAUUGCACAAAUCGUUGUUUACUGAGAUAUUUUACCAGAUCUCCCGAAAGGCAGAGUCCUACUACAACACGGAAUACGUUGAAUUACUAAAUUGCUUAGUCAAACUUAAUAUUGAAAAUAGAGAUCUACUGAAUGUUUUGGCUAAAGCUAUAGCCAGAAAUAUAUGUGACUUGAGAUACACGCACAUUUGCCAAAUAGCUGCUGCAUUUAGAGCUUUAAAAAUGUCGGACGACAUCUUCUACUACCUGCUGGACAAUUGGCAACAAAAAGAACUGAUGUAUAUGAGUAUACAAGAGAUUUUUGACGCCUUCACGAUACUUAAACAAACGGACUUAGUUUGGCCCGUGUACUAUGAAGAUCUACAACAGACACUUAUAAAGAGGACUAAGGAAAUGAUUGGAGAAGAGGAUAUUGACCAAUUAAGCGCUCCGUUUGAUUCCCUAAACGUCCUAUAUAUGUACAAUUUGCUAUCAGUUGAGUUUCUAAAGGCGCUGGCCAAAUGGUGUGCCAGAGCAGUGUAUCGUCCGCCAAAUAGAUCACAAAAGAGGCCUUUAUCGACGCAACUUGUGCAACUAAGUGACUUAUUCAAAUCAUUUGGCUUGGAAGAUGAUAAAUAUCUAAGUAAGGCGAUACUUAAAUUCGUAACGUCAGACGGUGGCAUAAAGAUUGAGCCCAAGCAAUCAAUACCUGUGCAAUAUAAGAGAGGGAGGAGAUACAUUAAGGCCCCGGAUCCUUUAGUCUCUGAUCUUAGGCCAAAUUCUGCCAGUAUGAACACCUCCACUGGCACUAUAACUGAUGCCGUGCAUCAUAGUACAUUUGUUACACAUCGUGCUAGGAAACACCGCAUUCCUUCCACAAGCAGUUGCAAAAAGGUGUCAAUAAAAAUUAAGCAGUAA